AAUUCAAACAACUGGAUAAGAAUGCAUUGUUUAGAGAAGUCACCGAGCAAAUCUGGCAGGACAUUAUCUCUGGCGCCGCAGUAAAUUCACCUUUUCUUCUCACACGGUUUAUUCUCAUCACUUUUGCCGAUUUGAAAAAAUAUAAAUACCAUUUUUGGUUUGGAUUUCCAGCCUUACUUACCGAGCCACCCUGGAUAAUUGAAGAUAAUGAAGUCAAAAGCGUUGGCAGUGUAUGGGACGAGAAAGACGUAGGAACAUUCAAGAAAAAUUAUGAAUUAUUUACACAAGGGCAUCCCAGCACAUGCAUAGGGUUUUUCCUUGUCAAAAAGGUUGACAACGGAGAAAUAGAGGUUGGUGGUCUUUCUGAAUGGGACACAUUCUUUAAAGGCUGUGAUAAUGACGAGAAAAUGAUAGGAUUUGCCGAUCCUUCAAGCUUGCCUGACAAUCCCGGAUGGCCCCUGCGGAAUUUUUUGGUACUCGUACACCGUCGGUGGAAUGUUCACAAGAUCAAGGUGCUAUGUUACAGGGAGAUUCCUGGAAAAAAAGAUAUCUCGCAAAGUCGUAUUUUAACCGUGGUCUUACCCGAUCCAGUAAAGAUUAAUGAUGAUUGUCCAAAAUCUGUUGGCUGGGAAAAAAACUCCCAGGGAAAACUUGGACCUCGUAUGGCCGACCUUUCGGAUCUAAUGGACCCAAAGAGUGCUUUAACGCUCAGAUUAGCCGAUACCUCAGUUGAUCUAAAUCUAAAAUUAAUGCGAUGGAGGAUUAUCCCGGAACUAAAUCUGGAAAAGAUCAGAGACACAAGAUGUCUAUUGCUUGGUGCUGGAACUCUUGGUUGUUAUGUCGCUAGGGGAUUGCUGGGAUGGGGUGUUCGUGAGAUCACUUUUGUAGACAACGCACGUGUCUCUUACUCCAAUCCCGUCCGACAACCGUUAUUUUUUUUUGAGGACUGUCUGGAAGGUGGAAAACCCAAAGCACAAACUGCGGCCGAAAACUUGAAAAAAGUUUACCCCGGGGUUACAAGUGAAGGAUACGAAUUGAAUAUCCCCAUGCCAGGUCAUUCAAUUUCCUCGGAGGAAAAGACUAAAAGCGAUGUUGAAAAACUCACCCAACUCUUUGAAUCACACGAUGUCAUAUUCUUAUUAAUGGACAGUAGGGAGAGUCGGUGGUUGCCUACGUUACUAGGUGCAACAAUGCGUAAGCUAGUCAUGAACAUCGCGCUAGGUUUUGAUACAUACGUUGUAAUGCGACAUGGUGUAAAAGAUGAUACCGAGGCUCAGGCGACCACCUCAUCUAGUAAAAGCAUUCCAUUAGUAAAGAAACUUGGGUGUUAUUUCUGUAAUGAUGUUGUGGCACCGGUCAAUUCUCUUAAAGAUCGUACACUCGAUCAACAAUGUACAGUAACUCGACCUGGAUUAUCAGCCAUUGCUGCAGCACUUGGUGUUGAAUUGAUGGUUUCUGUCUUACACCACGAUAAAGG